AUGAUUUGGGCUGUAGAAGCUGGUGGACAGAAGAAGAAAGGGCGAGGUGUUCUAAAAGGUUUUAAAGCAUCUAAGAAGCGUUUUGCCAAUGGAUCUGCAAAGCUAAAUAUUACAUUCUCUGAAAAAUUGGGUGGUACAGUAGGAAUGAACUAUCGUUCGUUCAAGGAUGACGUGGUAGUCGUAAUGAAAAGAAAGUUACCACUCAUUGGAGUGAGGACGUGGUCGGACAUUCACCCUACCAUUCAUCGACUCAUUAUUGCAGACAUGAUAGACAGAUGGGACUUGGAAGAUACACCAGAAACAGAAGAAAAAGUUCUCAAAAUUGCGAAAGAGCGAUAUAGAGGCUGGCGAUCAACUCUAAGCUCCACUUACAAGGCAUACAAAACAGAUGCAGCUAGAUUGGCUAAUCUGCCGGAAGAUUUGCAACCAGAAGAGUGGGAAUGGAUGAUUGAGUACUUUGGCACUGAUUCAAAAUUUCAGGAUCGCAGCCAAAAGAACGCCGAUAACCGUAAGAAAUAGAAGACAAAACACAUA